AUAUGACAGCAGUAACAGCAGCAGUAGUAUCUGGCUCACUUGGCACAAGGCGUGCUGCUGUCACAGGGAGGGACACACCACCAUCCUCCCUCCCUCCUACCAGCCCUGCAUCCCCUCCCACCCAUUUAACCAGUGGCUCCAGCUCAUAACACCAUCACCCAGCUGAGUAGCCCUGACUUCUAACAUUGCUUCUCUGGGAGAUACACGGAGUGUGUGCUGUAUGCAAUACCUGCCUGGAGCAGCCUCAAGUCAAUACAAUAUACCUAACUGGAACAUACUGACCGUCUCUUAGAAUCAUUCCUUCAACAUCUGGUGACUUACCUUUACUGUCACAUCCACUACUGGUGACUUACCUUGCCCUAUCUGACAUGGAAAGGAUACCCAGUGCCCAACCUCCUCCUGCCUGUCUGGACAGAGCAACAUCCUUGUCUGGGAUGGAUUUCUCUCACAUGUAUCAAGUUUUCAAACCCAGGAAAGGUUUGAAGAGGUGUGAGGACAGCAAGGACACGUACAAACUCCCACACCGGCUGAUUGAGAAGAAGCGUAGGGAUCGGAUCAAUGAAUGUAUCGCUCAGCUCAAAGACCUGUUGCCUGAGCAUCUGAAACUGACGACUUUAGGACACCUAGAAAAAGCUGUGGUUUUGGAGCUGACUUUGAAACACGUGCAGGCUUUAUCCAGCCUGAUCGAGCAGCAACAGAAGCAAAUUCUCUCCUUGCAGAAUGGUUCUCCCUCUGAGAGUAGCAAAAUGUCUGGUGAGGAAAUGUUCCUCUCCGGGUUCCAGCUGUGUGCUGAAGAGGCUCUUCGCUUUCUCCAAGGUGGGGAGAGGAGAGAGCUGGUUGCUCACCUGCAUCGCGUUGUCUCUGACCUAAGCCGUAGUCCACCCAGGUCGCCAAAACUACCUGAUAAACCUGCCCCCAAGGGACAAGCCACCAACUGUGUUCCUGUCAUCCGACGUGCAGCCCCUCUUCCAUCUGGAGAACAAAGUGGAACGGACACCGACACAGACAGUGGUUAUGGAGGGGAGGUAGAGAAGGCAGAGAGCACUCAGGAGCAGAGUAGUUCCUGGAAGGAAGUGAACCAUAGCUCUCCAAGCUUGGACAGAGUCAUCAAGCAGGAGAAAGAUGAGAUUCCCAAGAAACGACCUAGGAUGGAUAGCGCAAUAGAGCAGCCCAGAUUAAAUGGCAAUGACCUACAGUCCAUUGAAAGUUACCCUGGUCAUCCUCUCUGCCUUCCUUUUUAUCUCAUUCCACCUUCAGCCUCUGCCUACCUCCCCAUGCUUGAGAAGUGUUGGUACCCAGGUUCUAUGCCCAUGUUGUAUCCAUCACUAUCGCACUCUGGAUUACUGAGUCAGGAUAGAGCUCAGCAAGUUCACUCUCCUGCCAUGUCAUCUCUGGACUCUUCUGCCCUGCUACAUGCACUGAAACCAAUCACCACUUCAGGUACAGACCCAAAAGACUGAACCCAGGAGGCGAAGUCAAGUGGCAGUGCCUGAAGUAGAAUGUGAAUCAGGGAUUCGGGCCAGUCUGUGAGAACCCAAGAAGUGGACGCCGUUCUCUGAGGCCCCGUGGAAAUAUCGAUAGUUUGUGGCUUUGCUAGUUCUGGAUCUCGAGACUAGGCAGGAUAUGCCAUUGAGGAUCCAGUCAGGCCAGCGAUCACAAACCAAAAAUUUGAACUUUAAGGCCUACAAGACGUGUGGAAACCUUUCCCAGCUUUGCACUUACGGCUGCUGCUUUUGAGAGCGGUUGACGACUGAUGAGCAGCGUCAACAAGGAUAGCUCCAAAAGUGUUAACUGACUUGAACUGGUAUUCCAGGACAUUAAAUGAGAGAUUUGUUUUUUCUCUAACACAGAAUGGAUGGGGUUUAACUGCCAGAUCAGAAGCCCAUAUAAUGCCCAGUGAUGGUCCUAUUCUUCCCUCUCCCCAAAAUGGUGUGAAUUGAGGUUCUGUGAUAAAGCACUUUAUGUCCAUACCCAUCCAUAGCAUGUACCCUGAGGGUACUGUGAGGGUAUGUCACUGAAAUGUAAAACAUUAAAAAAAUAUUUUUAUGUGAAAAUAAAAUUAUUUCAUGACUGAA